CUAAUCAGUAGACGUUCUGUAGGACGCGGGGACGUUCGUAAAAUGAAGAAAUUUAUAUCAACUGAUCAUCAGCAUGUCCGGUAUAAUCCACUCAAAGAUGAAUGGAUUUUGGUCUCACCGCAUCGCUGCAAACGCCCAUGGAGCGGUCAGACUGAAGACCCACCAGAGGAGCAGGCGCCAGACCCUAACAACCCGCUGAGAGCUGGCGCUGUGAGAGCUAAUGGCCAGAAGAAUCCCAACUACACAUCGACAUACGUGUUUCCAAACGACUUUCCAGCGCUGCUGGAAAGAGUUCCUGAGCCUCCAGACUCGGAGCAUCCUUUAUUCGUGUCUUCACAAGCGAAGGGUACUUGUAGAGUUAUGUGUUUCCACCCAGACUCUUCUAUGACGAUUCCUCUGAUGUCUAUAGAAGAGAUCCGAGCAGUGAUUGAUGAAUGGAUCAACCAGCUGACAGAGCUAGGUCGACGGUAUACGUGGGUUCAGAUAUUCGAGAACAAAGGAGCCGCGAUGGGAUGUUCUAACCCCCAUCCCCACUGUCAAAUAUGGGCUUCUAGUUUCUUACCCAAUGAACCUCGGGUUAAGGAUAGAUGUCAAAAGGAAUACUACAUAAAAUAUGGAAAGCCAUUGCUGUCAGAUUACACAGAACAAGAAUUAUUGAAAAAGGAACGAAUCGUUAUCCAGAACGAAGAGUGGGUGGCCGUCAUCCCAUAUUGGGCAUCUUGGCCAUAUGAGACCAUGCUGCUACCGCUAAAAGGGCAGCCUCAAAGAAUGACAGAUCUUAACGACACUCAAAAGAUGGCAUUGGCAGAAGUGAUGAAGCAUUUGAACACGAAGUUCGAUAAUUUGUUUAAUUGCAGCUUUCCUUACAGCAUGGGGUGGCACGGUGCUCCAACAGGCCCCUCCACGUCCCCAGGUGAUUCCCCACACUGGAUAUUUCACGGCAUCUACCUCCCUCCACUCUUACGUUCAGCUAGUGUGAAAAAGUUUAUGGUUGGUUAUGAAAUGCUAGCGCAACCCCAACGGGAUCUUACACCAGAACAAGCAGCUGAGAAAUUGAGAGAAUGCGAUCAUUUAGUGCAUUACAAGAAUAAAAAUGUUUAAAAAGAAAAUUAUAGGAUAUGGUUUAGGUUUUAGAAGCCCUAAAACAAAGAUACAAAUAGGAAAAAUUAUUACUUUAGUAAUAAAUCAAGAAAUCAACUAUUAUAGUUUAUUU